CGCUGACAUUGGCUGAGGGUUUUAAUAAAUUUAUUUCUCGUUGGUUAGAUGGUUAUUGUUUGCUUUUUUAAACUCAGUUAGAACUGUGGAACUUAUUAUGGCUGCUGUUAUUGGAAUAAGUUUGCGUGGUUUGUGUGGCUUACGCCAAACUGUAGGUCGUCAAGUCGCUGUUGGAACAUGGCUCCACAGUCAAAUGCUAUCCACUUCACCCAUCUCAGGUCAGGCUACAGGAUCACCCAAGAUUUACGAGAUGCGCACGUACUACGUGAAACCUAAAGCUUUUGGUAAGGAAAGAAGUAAUUCGUCAUGAUCUCAUGUGCAAUAUUCUUGAAGGGUGACCCUGGGAAAUAUAGAGGCAUUGGAAUUAAUGGACAAAUUUUGACCUUUUGUCAAGGUAGCACUUAAGGGUUUUCCUCUGAUUUCGGGAAUGGUACUUUGAUAUCUAUAAUACAUUUCUUUCAAAUCUGACACACAAAGUGUAAAACUUCUGUGACGCCAGGUAAAAUCAACCUAAAAUCAAUCUUCUUCUAUUAGCUGUUACCAUAUUUGUAGAAGUGUUUUGAUUCCCCAGAUGAAAGAGGGAAGGUUUCUCUUAGGAAUUCUAGGUGGGCGUGUGCAGCCCAAUUAUCCUAAUUCAGACCCAUUGUCGGACCAAAAAUUACCUGUGUAAUCUUUAACUAUUCUCACACCAGCCUUCAGAAAUAUGCAUUUGAUUUGCAGUUAUCACGAGGUCAAGAAGUUGUGAAUUCACCCGAAAAUUCAGCUUCAGUGAAUGAUGUGUUUGAUUACAACGCUUUCUGCAUCAUUCAUCUGGCGUAGAGAAUGCAAAUAGGUCUAUUUACUCUUUUGGUCACAGUUGAGUGAGACACAUGCUUUUACAAUGGACUUGACUGUGUGUAAUGGAGUACCGGCCCUCCUAUGCAUCAGCUUUUUAAGGCUUCAUUGCUAUGGAUUUAUCUAAAGUUUUAUUGUGUUACCAAGUGGUGAAACUCCUUCCCUUUCAUUUACUGUUUUUACCAAGUUUACCAAAGAGUGGCUGGUUUUUGAGAUAAGACAGAUAUCAAAAAUAUCUUCUCUAUAAGUGACUUUUUUUCCUUGUAUUGCAGCUGAGUUCAUGCAGUUAACAUAUGAUUACAUACAUCUAAAGGCUGACAGUAAUUCAAAAUUGAAUGGCUACUGGACAAGUGAUAUUGGUGGGCUAAAUGAGGUCACACACAUUUGGGAGUAUGGUAAUUUUAGUUAGUCACAAAUCACUUGUCUCUAAUUGCAAGGGUUGCAAUGAACAUAGUUUUGUAUUUGGAUUGCUUCUAAAUUUCCCCUUGUUAUUCUUAAAUGUGCCAUGCUUCUUCUCCCAUUUCCAUGAAUGUCUGUCCAGAUAAUUUUUCAGUUCCUUGCAAUGAUGAUGAUGAUCCCCAAGGAGCCAUCCUAAAAAUGACAUCCAGUGUCCCUUCUUACUGAGUGUCUUAAAACUUUAUCAAAAUUGAAAGUUAUAAUGAUGGAGGACAACACCAUGCAUUAAGAGGAAGGUUAAGGAGACUAUAGAGAUCAAUAGGAGAUAUCCAUCACUUAAGAAAGACAAGGGGCUUGAGCUUCUUAAGAUUUACAGCACUAUACUCCCAUGGGAGGACCUCGCUGAGCUAGUAAGCUAGUGAUUACAUAAUUUAAUACUCUAUGACCACUCACAUUCCAACAGACUGAUGAAGGCUGAGCAAUUCAGACAAAUAUAUCCAGGAAAAUCAACCAAUUGCUUUACCAAAAUUGAUGACAAUGGCCAAUUUUAAAAAUACAAAUACUUAAAGUGGCCAGCAAGAUCUCAAGCCUCUUUGACUGAUGUGGUGAUAUAAAGAAUCUAUAUCUAUCAGUUUGUGUUUUAGGGAAAACCAAAUUAAAUGCAACCCUGUUUUACUUUCUACACUCAACUUAAAAUUACUUUACUGUGAGGAUUCUCAUGAUAUGGUAUGAUAUUUAGCUAACUGAAUAUUGUUUCUUAGACAGCUACACAGAGAAGAUGGAGGCACAAAAAUCUCUUUUGCAAGAUGAAACCUGGGUCAAUAACUACAGAAAGAAAAUACUAAAGAUGUUGGUUAAGCAGGUACAACCCUCAUUAUCUGAAAUAAUUUUGAGAGACAUUUUAUUUUUUUCAUAAAAUAACUUUAUUCUCUCUGCUUGUAGGGAAUAUCUUCAUUCAUCAUAGGGUUGACAGAUUUUUGAGUAACCUUCCUUUUUACAGAAUAUAUACUUAAAAGGAAAUCUGCCGGAUGGCAUAUGACCAGUAUAUCAAAUGUUUUUUUUCAUUUGGUUUUUAGGAUAACCUGGUGAUGAAUCCUUUCCCCUGGUUUGGUGUGAAGCCACCACUUUCAAUAGGGGGUGAGUGAUGUGUUAUGUUAUUUUACAACUGAAAUAAGUUACUGUGGCAACCAUAAUCAUUAAUGGAUCAUUUUUUGUUGGAAAAAAAACAGGGUGGAAAAGUGAAAAUAGUGCAAGAAAUAGUAGUUGACCCUUCAACUCCCGUGAGUGACCAAAACAGAGCUUCUCCUUACAUUAUCAAUCCAAUGCCCGGCAGACAAGUGAUGACAAUAAAAAUAUCAAGAAGGGGAUCAGUAGUUGAUCCAUUACACAAUUCUCCAAACUCACUUUAUAAUAAUUGUAUGACAAACAUUAAGGAGAAUUACAAAUGAGAUCUUGGGAAUGAAAGGGUGAAAAAGAUAGUUAAAAUUUAAUAGUAAAGAUGGAAAAUAAAUUGAUCAUGAAUUUUUGAAGGCCCCACUGAAAUUGCCUCAGUGGGUGGGCUCCUUGCCAAAAUUAUAGAUAUACUAUUAUUACUGUUAUUAUUACCAUUAUUACUGUUAUUAUUACUAUUAUUAUCCUUAUCAGUGUAGUUAUUUUAUAUGUAGUUUCCUUCUUAUUUUUACAUUUUUAAUUAUCUGUUGGUAGGUGCAGUUAUACUAUUAAAAUAAUAUUGUUAAUUUAAAUGUCAACCAUAGUGGUUCUGUACCAAGGAUGCUACACAUGGCAAUGUGUAAUCAAUAGACCUGUGUGCUUGUUGAAGACCUUUAGUGAAGCUGUUGAAAUGUCAUGAUCAUUAACUAAAUGUGACUCUAUAGAAUAUUGUGAUUGCUCAACCUAAUGGAGUAACUUUCAUCUCUGUUUAUUUAAUAAUUGAGCUGAGAUGAACAUUGAAAAACUUGGUAAUGUUACCUUCACAGUUUCUGUUUCAUGAAAUAAAUGAAGUACAAUUUUACAUUAAUUUUAGGUGUUUAUGAACUACGCAUGUAUGAUUUAAUCCUUGGGAAAAAAGAGCAGUGGGAACACAGGUUCAUUCAGGGAUUUUUUGAGAGAUGCAAGCUCUCUGAACCUGUUGGUGUCUGGUUUACAGAAUUUGGUCCUAUAAACAGAGGUACUGUCAGAAUUCAUCAUUCCUAAUCACAAUAACAUAAAGCUUGAAGCCAUUUUAAACUAGUUUGCCACAGCAAUCUUGGAGCUGAUUUGGUUUUUUUUUUAGUCUCAACCUGUUUUGCUUUUUGUUUUGACUGUUCAGUUGUCAUGUUGUGGCCCUACCAAAGCCUUGAUGAUCGUACUAAGAUACGUAAGGAAGCACAAGGACUUGAGGAAUGGGUUGAAGCAAGUAAGGCCAACAUGUUGUCAAAUAAUUUUGUUUCUGUAAGUUAAUGGUGGGUGUUUAGCCAAACCUUCAUAUGAUUUUUAAGUCAAAGAAAGUUGCUACAACUAUCCAAUUCCUCAACGCCUAAGGCAAAGAAAAACUCCAAAAAAAGCGUCUUGAAGUGGAAACCACUUUGUGAGGAAUCUAGACAUUUUCCCAUGGCAAAGAGUCUUGAGAGUUUUAAAAUCAAUUUCCUAAAUUCCUUGACAUGGACAUCUGAAUGAAGAAACUGAAUGAAGAAAUUGAUAAGGAAACUAUUGACAUAGUUUGUAAGUAUUUGAAGCAAUGUUAACUAAUUAAAAGGAAGGCAUGAAGGUGUGAAUAAAUAAAAAUUUCUUACUUUUCUUUUUUCUUAGUACGAGACUGCUCUUCCUUUUUAGCGAAAGGAGAUAACAAAGUUCUUGUUCCAACUGAGUUCUCUCCAUGGAAGUAACAGACAGGUGGACAUUUAAUUGUAUUUGGAAUUUAGUACUAAAGAGCUGAGCAUGAUUUUUCUCUUUUUAGUUCGUGACUGCCUUCCCUUUGAAAAAAAAGCGUUUUCUAAGGUUCUUAUUCCAACACAAUUUUCUCCGUGGAAAUAGAUCAGAGGUAUACCUGUCUUUAUUGCUUUUUAGAAAACAGAGGUAAUUAAGAUUCAAAAGAGAGGCUUCACCGAAGCAUUCACCAUUUACGUAAUGGUAGAGUUGAUUUAAUGGACUUCCACGCAAACUUCGAAAUACUUUUUUUAUAAGUAUCUGUCACAAUCUGAUACAUGUCAGUUAGAAAGCGAAAGGAAAAAGAAAGAGCAGAUGUACACUUAUUAAUGAAUUGUAUUGAUAUUGUAAGGAGAAAUUAUGUUUUCGUCACUCAUGGAAAUAAAAGGUUCCACAUUGGUUAUCUCUCUUACUUUAUAUUUCUUGGAAUACAUGGGCUUAAAUAGGUUUCUUUUUUUUCGUGGAGAAGUGUUAAUCUUCAUAAUUUGCUAUAGUAAAUCUUGUAGGAUGUGUUAAACUCAUCAAUCUUUGUCUUUCUGUCUAGGUCUAGCCUGAAGCUAAAAGCUGACGAAGGUAGAAAGUUGCCUGAAUGAAUGGUUCAGUAAAAAAAUUGUAUUGCAUGGUAACUCUUGGAUGGCGUACAAACUCCCAAGAAAAUAAAAGUCUUGACCGACUAGGAUAUUUUUGAAAAUAGAGUUGUUUGAAGAGUAUGAUUCGCUGGUGGAACUAAAGAUGCUGGUAAACUAGGAAUGAGUUGCUAAACAACAGGGAAAUGCAAACCCACGCAAUUUUACUGAAAAGACUUUUAAUAAUGUCAUGUGUACGUUAUAUCAAGUAAUAUUAAUCACUAGUGAGUUUCAGUAAUUAUAAAUAUCUAAGUCAAAGAGAUGUUCUCUAGCUAAGUCUGACACAGCAACAUUUAGUGAGCUUUUAUGAAUAGUUUAGUAUGUAAGGCAGCCAGAAAGUAAAAAUAAUGUGGACUGGCCGUUGUUGUCCAUAUUUUCCUUGGCGAAUGGUGAGAAGAAUUAAGAGCAAAUUUCUGCAAUUACUCUCUUCAUUUUGUAGAAGUAUAUAUAAAAUAACUUAAUUGCUCAUACUUUUGUUUCACAGUCAUAUCCAGCAUGUCUGGAUUUAUACUUUUGCGUAUCACAUUUUCUGAACCUAGCAAAUAACAAAAACUAGAAGAGCUGCAUUAGGAACAUAUUUGUUGAUGAAAAUGGUCAAAGCACAACACCAACUGAAAUACUAACGGAAAUCGAAAACUCCUAUUCUAAACUUUGCGAGGAAAACUCACUUACUUUUGGUGAUUCUAUGAACUUUCUUGAUGGAGUAAACAAUACCAAACAUAGUUUUUAGAUAAAAUAAACUCAAUCGAGUUGAAUUGGUCAAGGAAAACAAAACACCAGGAAAUGAUGGCCCAACCUCUGAAUUUUACUUACCCCGGCUUAUGGCAUCUUUUGGAAAAUCAUCUCAUAGAACCUUUACACUGUCCCAUGUUCAUGAUCAACUCUGUUCUUCUCAGAAACGAGCAUUUGUGAUUAUUGGUGCCCUUUCUCACCAACAAAUGUCGAUGUGAGAAUAGUUUUAAAAGCCUUGCUAAGAGGCUCGAACCGUUUCUCUCCGAAAUUAUUUAUUACAAUCAAAUUGCAUUUGUGAAAUGAAGAUCUGUGUUAAUUUGAUGCAGCGUGGACCACCUGGGAUAGUUUGGAAGUGAAAAAUAUCUC